UGGUCAAGCACGUGCGAGACGCUAUCGAACGCUAUAAUUGUGUAAAGGUGAAUACCGCGUUCAACGGGGAGUUUGUGGCGGGCGACAAACGUGCAAAUAAAAGCAUAAAUACAAAAAACUUUGAACUGUUCCGUACAACGGACCUACAACAGUGGUACGAGUCACGCGUAAUCGGUCCGAUUCUAACCGAACUCGAAGAAUUCCAGGAGCGCGAUAGCGGGUGGGCGCUGUCGCGUAUACACAACGUAACCAUUAAUGUAAACAAGUGCAAUCCUAUGCGCGCAGGAUGCCAUAUAGACAUGCCAGAAGUGGUGAAACGAAAGAGAGCAGUGAUCAACGUACGAUCAAAGGACAAUGCGUGUUUCGCGUGGUCGGUGGUCGCUGCUCUGCAUCCGGCUGAAAUACACGCGGAUCGUAAAUCGUCGUAUCCGCAUUACAGCGACGUGCUAAACCUGCGAGACAUUAGCUUUCCAAUGACACUCAACCAAGUGAAAAAAUUUGAACAAUUGAACAGUAUUUCUAUCAAUGUGUACAGCAUCGAUGAAAAGAACAAUUGUGAACACGCAAUCGUACCGCUACGAGUUGCUGACGAGAAGAAGGAGAAGCACGUAAACCUAUUAUACCUGCAAGAUCGGGGAGGUGCUGAAGUGGGCCACUUCGUCUGGAUAAAAAACUUGUCCCGCCUCGUCAGUUCACAAUUGAGUGGUGCUCAUGGGAAAAAAUACAUUUGCGAUCGAUGUUUGCAUUAUUUCCAUUCAAAUGGAAAGUUGGAAGCCCACAGCGUGGACUGUCAACAAAUAAAUAACUGCGCGAUCGUAUUACCCAGCGAGGAGGACAAGUGGCUCAGCUUCAACAACCACAGCAGGAAGGAACGUGUGCCGUUUGUAGUGUACGCGGACCUUGAAUGCAUCUUGAAAAAGACUGAUACCGAUACCAAAGCAUACCAGCAUCAUGAGGUAUUUAGUAUUGCAUACUACGUGCAUUGCUCGUACAACUCGCAGUCAAC